ACCAAAAGAGAAACGAUUUCCUGUUUGAAGUUGCACGUUUUAACCAUACUCCAAAGUGUGGUUAUAUUUAAUAAUACUUAGUACUUAUAAGUUUAUAUUUUUCAUUCGCUCAAUAAUGGCUGAAACAACUUCAGAAAAGGUACAAGAGUACAAAGACUCGCUAAAAACAAAAGCUGAGCAAUUAUUACUCAAAGGAUUUCCGGAGAAAAUAGUAAAAUUAAAUGAGAUACUGGGGACACCGAAUUUUUCAAACCGCGACAUGACAGAAGUCCAUCAGGAACUGAAUGUGUCAAUUCCAGAGCCUAUUGUCCUGAACAAUUCCGAGGAUGGACAUACGAAUAAACGUAAGAGGAUGGACAAUGAGGAUGACGUUCCCAAUGUCACUGGCACCAAAGUUAUGAUCCUUCCAAAUGGUCCGAUUCCAUGCAAUAAACCUCUUUGUGACAUGAUUCGUAUUGUUAAGCCUUAUAUUAUUCAGCUUCUUGAAGAUUCAAACCUGUUAAAAAUGUGGAUAUCAUUUAUGAUUCCUAAAAUAGAAGAUGGUAAUAAUUUUGGUGUAUCUAUUCAAGAAGAAACACUUGGAGAAAUUCAAUCUGUUGAAAGUGAAGCUGCUGCAUUCUUUGAUCAAAUUUCUAGGUACUUUGUAUCAAGAGGGAAAAUAAUAAGUAAAGUGGCAAAGUAUCCCCAUAUCCUCGACUAUCGACGAGCUGUACAAGAAUUUGAUGAAAAAGAAUACACAAGUUUAUGGUUGGUCAUGUGCGAAGUCCGCAAUCGCUAUUGUUCAUUACACGAUCUGGUGAUCAAGAACUUGGAGAAAAUAAAACGGCCGCGUUCUUCAAACGCUGAAUCUUUAUAUUAAUAAAUUAAAAUUAAAACACUAAUAAUAAUAAUAAUAAAAAAAAAAAAGUAAUUGCCCUGUGUGAAUUUUGAAUCCGAGUAUUUUCUAAUUUUUUUCCAUCGAUGUAAUUACUUAAGUAUAAAUGUAAACUGAUAAUCGAUCAUUGUAAUACUUUUGGCUUUGUAAUUAUUUAUCAUUUUUUUGUUUAUUUUAUUAUUUAUUACCAAUUUUUUUUUUUUUUAAUGCAAGGAACGUGAUAUUUUUUAACGUCCUCAAGUCUUCUAUGUCUACUUGACAAUUUCGCCAGUACAAUUGGAAAAAUUUAAGUAAAUUUAAUUUUCAACUUGAAUUAUUUUUUCCCCUAAUAGAUGUACGUCAAUAAAUUUUCGACAAGUU